AUGAAAAACUUUCAGAAUAAAUUCGCAAACUUUAAACCGACACAAGUAUAUUCAGUGCCUUGGGGUGAUCCAAACUCCACCGGUAAGGGCGCUACUCCAGCAGCCUCCCGACCGGCUGCUCCUCGACGACCGCAGGCGCAGAGUUUUGGUGCAAAUGUCACGCCUAUCAGUAUGAUCACCCCUUACAUAAGCAAAUGGCGCAUUUGUGGUCUUUGCACGGCCAAAGAUGAAUUAAAGACGACUAAAUCGCGAAGUGGAACUGGAGAUAUGAAGGUAUUCAGCUUUGAGAUAACCGACAAGGAUGGAGUUGCUAUACGCAUUACCGGAUUCAACGAUGCUGCUGAAAGAGCAUAUAGCAUCAUACAAACGGAUUGCUCCUACUAUAUAUCUGGAUGUACCGUCAAGCAGGCGAACAAACGAUUCAAUACAACCGGACACGACUAUGAGCUGUCUAUCAAUGCAAAUACCGAAGAUGAAAAUAUUGAUGUACUUGCUGUCGUCGAUCAAAUCCAGCCAGUGAAUAAGUUCAUCUCAAGACAAGGACGAGAAUGCGUCAAGCGGGAUGUAAAUCUGAUAGACCAAUCUCAGACGGUAGUCCAAUUAACACUAUGGGGAGACCAGGCUGAGAAUUUCGAGGACCACGCCCUAGGUCAAGUCAUAUCAAUCAAGGGAGCAUUGAAACUGAUACCUGUUUGUUUAGGAGCAUUCAGCUUGGGUGUAGCGUCGGCAUCGAAGAUUGAGUUGAGCCCUCAAUUGGAUGAAGUUCCGGCUUUGUACGAAUGGUAUACCAGUGAACGAGGAUCGGUGGAUGCCAAAACGAUCAGUAUGGCUGCUGGAGGUGGA